CUACAUUUCCCAGGAGGCGUCGCGCUCGGUCCGCACUACUUCCGGGCUGCGAAAGAUGGCGGCUUCCUAGCCAGCGCUCGGCUCUGAGUUGGAGGGAGACUCAGGCUACGACACCCUCUAGACAGCCCAGUGUCCACUGGAGAAGAACCCAGAGUUAUUUUACCAGCAAAAUGAGGUUUGGGACUCGCAGAGAACUGUAAUUCAGAAUACAGGAGCUACAGCAAAACCUUAGGGGAGGAACCUGGCUUCCCCCAACCCUGCUCCAUCCAGCCACUCAGGGACCAUGGAGAUGGCAGAGCCCAGCAGCCCCACUGAGGAAGAGGAAGAGGAGGAGGAGGAAGAGGAAGAGGAAGAGGAGCAGUCAGCUGAGCCCAGGCCCCGCACUCGGUCCAACCCCGAGGGGGCUGAGGACCGGGCUCUGGGGGCCCAGGCCAGCGUGGGCAGCCGCAGCGAGGGUGAGGGCGAGGCGGCCAGUGCUGACGAUGGGACCCCCAAUCCUCCAGGAGCUGGCCCCAAGCCCUGGCAGGUGCCUCCCACAGCCCCCGAAGUCCAGGUGCGGACGCCAAGGGUCAACUGUCCAGAGAAGGUGAUCAUCUGCCUGGACCUGUCAGAGGAAAUGUCGCUGUCAAAGCUGGAGUCCUUCAACGGCUCCAAAACCAACGCCCUCAACGUCUCCCAGAAGAUGAUUGAGAUGUUUGUGCGGACAAAACACAAGAUCGACAAGAGCCACGAGUUCGCACUGGUGGUGGUGAAUGAUGACAUCGCCUGGCUGUCCGGCCUGACCUCUGAUCCCCGUGAGCUCUGCAGUUGCCUCUAUGACCUAGAGACGGCUUCCUGCUCCACCUUCAAUCUGGAAGGCCUCUUCAGCCUCAUCCAGCAGAAGACCGAGCUGCCCGUCACGGAGAAUGUGCAGACAAUCCCGCCCCCGUACGUGGUCCGCACCAUCCUUGUCUACAGCCGUCCGCCCUGCCAGCCUCAGUUCUCCCUGACGGAGCCCAUGAAGAAAAUGUUCCAGUGCCCGUAUUUCUUCUUCGAUGUCGUUUACAUCCACAAUGGCGCUGACGAGAAAGAGGAGGAGAUGAGCUGGAAGGACAUGUUUGCCUUCAUGGGCAGCCUGGACGCCAAGGGCACCAGCUACAAGUAUGAGGUGGCGCUGGCGGGGCCGGCCCUCGAGCUGCACAACUGUAUGGCUAAGCUGCUGGCCCACCCACUGCAGCGGCCCUGCCAGAGCCACGCCUCCUACAGCCUGCUCGAGGAGGAGGAGGAGGCCACCGAGGUGGAAGCCACCGUCUGAGCCGUCCCUGUGCGUUUCUUGUGCGGUGAAACCCUGGCCUUGGGGAAUGGUUCUCAAACCGGGCUCCGUGGCACCCUGAGGGGGAAGGUUCCAGGCGGCCUCCAGGGCGCCCAGCGCCCUGGAAAAAAACUCAAGACUUUAGGAAGCAUCCCAGGGACCCCGGGCACCCCUUCCCUAUGUUUUCCAGCCCACAUCCCACUACUAGUUUGUCAAUUGUCAUGUUUGUUCUUUGUGCGGCUUUUUUUUGUCGUCAAAGUAAAAACCUGAGAAUCCCUAAGCUACCUCCACAGCAGUUGCCUUGUGUUAACUGGGAUCUUUUGGCUGCAAGGGACAGAAAUCCCACCCACUGAGCAGAAGGGAAUGGUGAGGUUCUUGUCGAUUAAAAGCGAAGUACAGCUUCA